AGACAGGAGGAGGAACAACUUAUUAGAAUUCAUCAGAUUUUGAUAUAAUGGGUAGAGGGCGGGCACCUUGUUGUGACAAGAGUAAGGUGAACAAGGGUCCCUGGAGCCCUGCCGAGGACUUGAGACUUAUCACUUUUAUUCGGAAUCAUGGCCAUGGCAACUGGCGUCAUCUCCCUAAACAAGCAGGGUUGUUGAGAUGUGGAAAAAGUUGCCGUUUGAGGUGGAUCAAUUACCUAAGUCCUGACGUAAAGAGAGGGAAUUUCUCCAAAGAAGAAGAGGAAACCAUAAUCAAGCUACAUCAAUCUUUGGGAAACAAGUGGUCGAAAAUCGCAUCUCAUUUGCCUGGAAGAACGGAUAACGAGAUUAAGAACGUGUGGAAUACACAUUUGAAGAAAAGAUCAAUAUUGGGUAGGAAAGAUGCCAAUGGACACAAAGAUGAUCAGACAAAGGAGUUGUCUGUAAUCUCUUCCCAAUCUUGUUCCUCGACAACCGACGAGGAGCAGAAAGACGCAAUAUCAUCUUCGUCCUCCAUUUCAUCUUACGCGUCGAAUGACUCGAACUCCAAUCAAGUUGAUGUUUCCAUGCCCAACGAAGACCCGAAUUCGUUGCUUGAUUUUCCAGGACCCGGUUAUCAUAAGAUUGAUAACGCGGCCGCAUACGAAGGGAACAACCAAAGUGUCAUUUCAGAUGAUCAAGUCAUGUUUGAAAUACCAUUGGAGCCUGAUCUUGAUUUAUGGGGCAUGUUGGAUAACCUGGACCCUUUCCAGUACCCCGAUGACUCCCUACCACGAGAUUUCGAGGCUUCCCACAGCUCGAACUUAAGAGACGUUGAAUAUUGUGAUGGUACGGAAGAAAUUGACCAAUGUAGUAAGUGGUUGAAAUACUUGGAAAACGAGCUUGGACUAGCGGAGGCAACUAGCGACGGAGGUCUCCACCACAAUCACGAUCUGUCAAAAGAUGCAGCUGGAGAUCAAUUAGGCUCAGAGACGAUUUUGGGACCGGAAAUUAAUGACCCUGCAGAUUGCUAUUUUCAUUUGUGGCCCUCUUCCCCUCAAAAGUUUUGGGAUCUAAUUUCCUAGUCAAUUCUUAUAUAUAUAUAUAUAUGUGCUUGGUUCGUGCUAAGCAGACCACAAAUACGCAUUUUAUUUAGGAAAGAAAAAACAAAGUAUAUGAAAGUCAAAAUCUAAACAGAAACGAACUGAGGCGUUCAUCUUGUAUAGGCAGGCACUAUAUAUAUGGUCAAUCAUCCAUAUUAGCCAAUCCAAGUGGAACGCGUCGGCAAGUUAGAUUUUGAGUGCUUGUUCCAGUUUUUUCUUCGGAUACUAAGAUAUCCCACUUGAAAAGAAAUAUUGCAGUUGCUAGCUCAUAUAUAUAGUAUAUUAUAGUGCUAUAUAUAUAUAUACUAGCUAGGGUACUCUAUCUCACAUGUACUCUCGAAACAAAUUAGUAGUAAAAAGCUAAAUAGAGCUACUGUAUUUGUCA